AUAGCCAAGAGAAUGGGAGCUCUGUGGGGAGUCGAUCUGAAGUCCACCUCUGUUAUCGUCCCGGCAUCUCCAACACCAAUUCAGGAACGACGUUUUCUUUCGAAUUUAGAUCAAGUGUUUACAGGCCAGUGGUACAUGAACACGGUGUGGUACUUCAAGCCAGCUUCGGGUCAUUUGAUUCAAGACCAGGAUGCUUUUUUCAAAGGAUUGAAGGACUCAUUGUCGAGGUUAUUGAUUUACUAUCCAGCUCUCGCGGGGAGGCUGGUGAAGAACGAGAAUAACAGGUUCGAAGUCGAGCUGAAUGACAAGGGAGUUAUUUUUCGCGAGGCAGUUACCGAGGCAAGAUUCGAUGACUGGGAAGACAUCAAGGAUUGCACAAUAGAAGCCAAGCUGACAUUUGAAGAUACAAUCAUAGCGGACUACAACACCGCUCCACUCAUACGAACUCAGGCUACCCUCUUCAAGUGCGGAGGGAUCGCUCUGGGAUUUAGUAUGGCCCAUGCAAUUCACGAUGGCUGGGCUGCGAUGGAGUUUGUGAAAUCAUGGUCGGAACUUCAUAUGCAUCUUCCAGUGUCAACUCCGCCAGUGUUUGCAAAUCACCUGAUGAAAGCCAGAGAUCCACCAGCGGUGAGUGUUCCCAUUAAGGACUACAUUUCAGUUCCAAAGGUUGAAGGGUCUCUCAGCAGCAACUAUCAGAUCUUUGAGGAAGGAGCUCCAUUGCCAUUCCAAGCUAUCACCUUCAGGUUCACAGCUCAACAGGUGGACGAAAUCAUCCAGGAGGUCAGAACCGGUCCUUGGAAAGUCGAAGCCUCCAGCUUCGUUGCAAUGGCGGCAUUCACCUGGAAGGUGAUGACCGAAGCCAGAGAGCUCCCGGACGACACCACAACUCGGUAUGUCUACCCGAUAAGCUGCAGACAGCGCUGGCAACCACCUCUUCCUCGCGGCUUCUUUGGAAACACGGCUCAUCUUUCGUCAUUAGCAGCGAAAGCCGGGGACAUCAAGAACAAGCACGUCUCCUACGCUGCAAAACUCAUCUACGACGACCUCUUAGCCACAACGACGGAGUAUCUCAAGUCGGUGAUAGACUGGAUGGAGAUUGAGCUUCAGAAGAACGACAGAGACAUCGGUUUUGCCUGCGACUUCUACUCUGGAGCCGACGUGCAGAGCACGAGUAUGGUCAACUUCCCGAGCUCCAGAAGGUGGAAGAAACCGACUUGUUCCCAUCUACAUGAAGAGACUUGCGAUGAAGAACUUGUUCCGAAACGAGCUCUUUCGAAGGUUCCAGCCCGAUCUUAAAGACUAUAGCUACUACAACGAUUGAGAACAACAGACUAAGAGGUACGUAUUUGGAUUGGACACUGACGAUGUGCCACGUUUAUAACUUUGUACAUGGGGUGGUCGAAGCUGGGAGGAGCUUGGAGAGCUAGGUGGAAGUGAUGCGACAAAAAAUGGGAAUAGCUUGGACUUUCUCGUGUGUUCUUCGCUCCCUGGAAUUGCAUCAACUGGGUCCUUGUUUGGGUACUCACAAGCUUAGGUCGCAGGGAUUAAAAUAUCUGGCAGGCUG